GCCAAAAAAUAAGUGAUCCUGAGAAAGUGUAAAUAAAAUGAAGAUAGGCAGCAGCUGGACCCCAGCUUGGAUGUUCAGCACUGUAUGAAUACAUAGGUUUGUAAAGCUGCUGCUGUAAAACUACAAGUCCCAGAAUGUCUUUCACAAGCACAGGACUCUCGGGUUCACACAUGCUCAGUGUCUUGGUAGAAGCCUGUUUUCCAUAGGUUCCUGGAUAGGUUAAAUCAAGUGGAGCAAAUGGCCCCACCCUAAAAGCAAACUUUAGGAUUGGAGUUUGAGCCUAGCCUAAGGGUGGAACCGGAACUUACCUUUGUACUUCAAGCAAGUCAGGGUUGGUUGGGUAGGUUUGGAACCGGCUGCCGUCCUGAGGCGUCUCACAGCUGCAAGCAGGUUUGAAUCCAAGAUUCUUAUGACCCUGCUCUCCUGCCCCUACCCCUCAUAUUAUUUAUUUUCUUCUUGGGAACUUCCAGCAGGUUAUUAUGUCUCGUUCCUGUUGCCCCCAAGAACCCCUGUGUUACAAGAUUUUUACUACAGGUUAAAAGUUAACUAUCCAUGGUUCCUUAGAAACACCUAGCACUGUCUCCCAGCAAGCAAGAAAUGCUGGAAAGAAUGGACCCUGGGGCCUUAUUACCUGAGGUGGGAAGACGGUGUCAGACACCAAAUAUGAGGUCUUACUAGCUGCCCUGCCUCCUUUAGGUUCUGCCGGAUAGCCACCAUGGCCUCUCAGCCUCCUAGGCUGGCAGAAGAGUGUAGCUCAAGUCCUCGGGAGUCUGAAUUGGCUGUAAACCCCUUUGAUGGGCUUCCCUUUUCUUCCCGCUACUACGAGCUGCUUGAGCAGCGCCGAGCCUUGCCCAUCUGGGCUGCUCGCUUCACCUUCUUGGAGCACUUGGAGAGCAGCCCCACUGGAGUGGUGCUAGUGUCUGGAGAGCCUGGCUCUGGCAAGAGCACCCAGAUCCCUCAGUGGUGUGCAGAGUUUGCAUUAGCCAGAGGGUUCCAGAACGGCCAGGUUACUGUCACUCAGCCUUACCCUCUGGCAGCCCUGAGCUUGGCUGUGCAGGUUGCUGAUGAGAUGGACCUGACUCUGGGUCAUGAGGUUGGAUACAGCAUCCCUCAAGAGAACUGCACAGAGUCUGACACCCUGCUCAGGUUCUGCUGGGACAGGCUGCUUCUGCAGGAGGUGGCCUCAUCCCGGGGCGUUGGAGGCUGGGGUGUGCUGGUGCUGGAUGAGGCUCAAGAGCGGUCGGUGGCCUCAGACUCACUUCAGGGGCUGCUGCGAGAUAUCAAGCUAAGAAACCUUCCAGGGGACCCUAAAGUGGUUGUGGUUACCGACCCAGCCCUUGAACCUAAGCUCCAGGCCUUCUGGGGCAAUCCUCCUACUGUGCACAUACCCAAAGAACCUGGUGGGAGUCCCACCCCUGUCUACAGAGACACUAUCCCUAUUGAUCCAGUGGAAGCUGCCUGUCAAGCUGUGCUUGAGUUGUGUCAAAAGGAGGUUCCAGGAGAUGUGCUUGUGUACCUGUCCAGUGAGGAGGAAAUUUCCCUGUGCUGUGAAUCCUUGUCGAGGGAAGUGGGGACCUUAGCUCUCCCAGGACCUCAACCACGGGUGCUGCCCCUUCAUCCGGGCUGUGGCCAAGCGAUACAGGCUGUAUAUGAAGACACAGAUAUGGGUGCCCGGAAAGUUGUGGUCACUCAUUGGCUGGCUGACUUCUCCUUCUCCCUCCCUUCUAUCCAUCAUGUCAUUGAUUCAGGACUGGAGCUUCGAAGUUCCUUCCUAGAACUAGAGGCUCCCCCACUGCCACAACCCAGGGUGUGUGAAGAGAAUCUGAGUCCCCUGGUGUUACUACUAAAGAGGAGACAGAUUGCAGAGCCAGGGGAGUGCCACUUCCUGGACCGGCCUGCUCCAGAAGCAUUGAUGCAGGCACUGGAAGACUUAGACUAUCUGGCAGCUCUGGAUGAUGAUGGGGACCUAUCAGACCUGGGAGUCAUCCUAUCAGAGUUUCCCCUGUCCCCUGAGCUGGCCAAAGCCCUGCUGGCCUCCUGCGAGUUUGACUGCGUAGAUGAGAUGCUCACACUUGCUGCCAUGCUCACUGUUGCCCCUGGGUUUACCCGUCCUCCACUCUGUGCGGAAGAAGCUGCCUUGCGUAGGGGUCUGGAACACCCCGAUGGUGACCACAGCUCUCUGAUCCAGGUUUAUGAAGCCUUUAUACAAAGUGGAGCAAAUGAGGCUUGGUGUCAGGCUCGGGGUCUAAACUGGGCAGCAUUGUGCCAAGCCUGUAAACUUCGGGGAGAGCUCCAAGAACUCAUGCAGCAAAUUGAACUUCCCUUGACCCAACCAGCCUUUGGCUCUGAACAAAAUCGCAGAAAUCUUCAGAAAGCACUGGUGUCAGGAUACUUCCUCAAGGUGGCCCGAGACACAGAUGGGACUGGAAAUUACCUGCUCCUAACCCAUAAGCAUGUGGCCCAGCUCUCCUCAAAUUGCUGCUACCAAAAUCGCCGUCCUCCGGCCAGACCCCCACAAUGGGUGCUAUACCACAGUUUCUCCAUAUCCAAAGACAACUGCCUUUCCAUUGUUUCUGAGAUUCAACCUCAGAUGUUGGUGGAGUUGGCACCUCCAUAUUUCCUGAGUAACUUGCCCCCCAGUGAGAGCAGAGAUCUCCUGAACCAAUUGAGGAAAGAAAUGGCAGAUUCAUCGGCAGAGAGUGAAUCUUCCUCCAUCCAGGAGUUCAGAGAUGCCUGUGUCCUGCAGUGACCUGCCUACCUAAGGAUUAGAGCUGAGCUCAACUCAUGGUCCUCCUUCAGGCUAGCACCAAAGCAGACAACUAGAUUUAGAAGGCCAGAGUUUAAGGUCAAUGUAAAUUCUGGAAUCUAAAAGGAGUAGAGGGAAUGGGGUAAGCCACAGUCUAUAUCUGGUAGAAUCCUUCCCUUAGCCUUCUUGUUGCUUUCCUUAUUUCCCAGGGACUGACAUGCUCCCCAUUCUACCAAGUUAUGUCAGAUCCAUCCUUGUACUCCCUUUUGAUCUAUAAAAGAUUUUUCUAUGA